AUUGUAUGUGUGGAGUACACUAUUAUUGCAUACACCAUGACUCUGAGCAUGUCUCCGGCUGCGGUGUGCCAGUGCUUUACUCUGGUGUCUCUGUGCACAUCCAUCGCUGACCCCAACUGGAUCCAGGUCAGGAACAGUACUGACCCCGGAGGCAAACAGCUCAUCUAUGGAGUGGCCUUCACACUGCACGCUGCCCAGAACCUCACUGACACAGGUCCUCUGGGUGGUGUUAAUGGCUGGGGGAUGUGGCUGCUCUAUGCUUUGGCGGCUCUGUGCUACAGUGCUGUCCUGCUCUCCAGCUCCUCCUUCCUAUUGGACUUCCUGGGGACUGGGAUGUCCCACCCUCGACUGGUGGUGUCACUCCACAUCUCCACAGUCGUUUUCCUACUGUCCAUGCUGGGAGUGUGCGGGGCCUGCCUGUAUGUCAUCAGCGGCAACCUUCAGGAGGGCAAAUUUGGGCUACUGUGGGACUGGCUAGGGGGCUGGACCUGGCCUGGGUCUGGGUCUCCUAGGCCUGGGUCUGGCUCCAGGAGCCAGGGAGGGGGAGGGGCAGUGGGGUUGCAGGCUUACCCAGGGGAGAGCUUCUACAUUGCCAUGCUGGGCCUGCUCUUUUCCUGCCUGGCUUCCGUGAUCAGCCUGAGUUGCCCGGGGGACCCCACCUCCACCCAGAGUGACUACACAGCCGUGGUGGAAGGGGAUGACAGUGACACAGAGCCCCUCACCCCCAGGGAGCAGGGAGUGGGACAGUCUGACGGCGACAACAGGGGGGAGGAGUGGGCAGGAGAGGUGUUCCCUGAACUGACUCAGGGGGAGGUGGAGACUGCUAAAGGGGGUUCUGUUUAAAUGUGUGGCAUAUAAGGUGAACUGAGGCUUGGUUCACGACUAGAAUGCGAACCAGGACCACACAUGGCCUGUAACAGACUUUAUUAGACAGCAGUGCUGGCCCCUUCGCUGGUCAUCUUUUGGUUCCUAAUUGUUUCACUGGACCGAGCUAGUGGAAUCCAGUCAGGAGCCAAAAAAGAGAUCAGAUGCGUUCUUUUAAUGUUCGUCUGCCAAUAAAAAUCACUCUCGGGUCAUUGUGUGUGUACAGUUGCACAACAUGGAGUAAACCCGUUUAUGGAAAAAAAAGAAUUACUUUUUCUUUCCCUUGUGGGAGUUUAGGCCCAGAGUCUCCAACUUCACUCGACCAAGGUCAAUAGUUAUUUUGCUUGCUGUGAUGGUUGAAAAAGUGUGCUACACAGUUAAGCUAUUUCUGUCUGUGUGACCAGGGCAAGUGUGUUAUAUCAGAUGUGUGACACAAAUUAUAUGCCCUUCAUGCUCUUUUAAAUAUAGUUGAACACUUGGCAGCACUUGCAUGAAUGGAUAGUAAACUCUCAUCAAUGGGAACAAGCUUUGACCCUGUUCCCAUUACUGCAAAAAUAACCACUGGGGUAUGUUCAGGAUCAGCUAAUGGUUUCAAACACUUCAAAACCAGAAAAGAUGUUCAAUUGAGCAAAAGUUGAGACAUAGCCCAUGUUUGUACAAUCACCUAUUCUCCUCUUCUAGUUAUCAUAAAAAUCCCUAGAGGAAGGGUUUUCUGAUUAUUUUUUACAGGUUGUUUUCUAACCUAUGCAUUAUCUUAACUUCUUAAACCCUUUGCAAAGUCUUUCAUAGUGACACUUUAAGUUUCCCAAAUGGAGGACAGAAAUCCCAGAGAUUAUUCAUAGGAGAUUUACCUGAAGUGUACUGAAACUGGAGUUUCCUUUGAGAAAUUCAAUUUAAAAAAGCCCAUUUGGCUAUUAUUGCCACUAUAGCUUUUAUCACUUUUAAUUGAGCCACUAUUUAUUAACGCAUGGAUGUUUACUACUAUAGGAAGAAUUGAGUGGGGAUAUGACGUUUUACCUUUCCACAGCAGGUAGUGUAAAUACAUGGCUCUUGCCUUUAAAUGAGUUGAUAUACUAAUUAUAUUAAAAUAUGAUGUAUUGAAUAUUUUAUGUACUUAAAUGUUUCUGGUUUCAUAUAAUGUAGACACUGCUAUUGGUCACUAGAUACUACAGAUCACUGUGAAAAUAUAUCCCGGUUUGGCAUCUUUAGAGGUCUACAUUACAGCACAAACCACUGGAUAAAGCAUGGUUAUCCUGCUUGAAGGCAACCAAUAAGACAAGCUCCUUGAUGGUGCUUGGUUGCAGAUGAUGGUAGGACCAUGGAUAUUGGCUUAAUUAAUUAAGAUAGCUAAGAGGCUGCCUAGAAUCAGGUUUUCCUUACCCACUUGUUUCCUGGACACAGAUUAAGCCUAGUCCUGGACUGGGAAACAUGUUCAAUCGAGAUUCUCUUUUUAGUUCAAGACUAGGCUUAAUCUGUGUCUGGGAAACCAUCCCUCAUUCUCUUCCUCAGGUACAUAGGAAGACAUUCCUUCUCUUAUUCCAGGGUCACAGUCCCAUCUCUAUGAAUCAGACUGUUCAUUGUGGUUGUUUGUGAUGUUAUUUAUUCAUUAAACUGUUUUGUGUUUAUGUAAAACGUGUGAAUGCAUUUUCUUUCUG